AUGAAGGUUGCGCCCAUGCUCGCCAUCUUGACCCUUGGCAGCCUCGGACUAGCUGCAAGUAAUAGUCGCAGAUCAGAUCCUAUUUCUUGCCCUAAAGGCAUGAAGUGGAAUGCGAAGAUGAUCAUGUGCGUCGUUAUCCCGGCAGGCCAGCCUGGCUCGACCAUAAAUCCGUGCCAGAGCGGCUAUACAUGGGUUGACGAGUGCGGCGGCUGCGGCACGUACGGCCCGGGCGAUGGGCACUGUCAGGCCGAUCGACCGUGCCCUCCGUUUUGCUGCGCACCGGGCUUAUGCUGA